UCACUACAUUCUAAAAUAUGGAACCAACAUGCGUCCACACUGCACUCAAUCUUAACGUUGAUCCUUCUAAUUACAUGGUAGAGGAAUUGGCUGAUGAGCUGCGUCGCCUAAGUCGUGAGAAUAAGAGGUUGACUGAGACGUUGACCCACAUGUUUGAGAACUAUCAGACUCUGCAAAAGCAAUUGUGCCAAUCGAUCAACUCCAAUUUUGAGCAAGACCCAACACAAUCACGGAAGAGAAAAGCUGAGAGUGAAAAUUGUACCAACAAAUCUGGUAUUAGAUGCAACAUUAACACUCAGUGCAGCACCAUAACUGAGGAAGAGUCAUUCAAAAGGUACAAAGAUAUCACCUCCUCGCCUAAGGUUACCAAGGUUCUUGUCAAAACAGAAGCAUCCAAUACAAGCUUAUAUGUGAUGGACGGAUAUCAAUGGAGGAAAUAUGGUCAGAAGGUCACCAGAGAUAACCCCUCUCCUAGAGCUUACUUCAGGUGCUCCUUUGCCCCAAGCUGCCCCGUGAAAAAGAAGGUACAGAAGAGUUUAGAAGACCCCACUAUAUUGGUUACAACAUACGAAGGAGAGCAUAAUCAUGGUCAUCAACGAGCUGAAGUAUCACUUGUCUCGAGCCAAAGUGAAGCCCCUAGAGGGUCAGGUCCUGGUUUCUCACCUAGUACACCCAUAAUUGAAAGUUCUUGCCCCACCAUAACGUUUGACUUGGUCAAGUCAAGAUUGGUUGACGAUGCCCAAAAGUCCUCUAUCCAUCAAAUUUUGGUUCAACAAAUGGCUAAUUCUUUGACAAGAGAUCCCAAUUUCACCGCAGCACUUGCCACCGCCAUUUCAGGAAAAAUUGUGGACCAAAACCCUAUGACCACACAUCUUUAGGAACAUUAAUUUUCAAAAAUAACCGCUUUUUAAACUCUAAAAAUUUAUUAAGACGAUUAUUUUUUCAAGUAAUUAAGUUGUAAUGGAGAGAAUUAUGUUAGUUUGGCUCCUUUUAGGGUGACAACAGAGUCCAAUAGUAAGAAAAUGUAUAUAUAAAAUUCAUGUAAAAAAAAACAAGUUCAAAUUCUGUUUCUCU